UUUUCUUUGAAAAGCCUGAGGUGAGGGUCGCAGAGGUGAAUCUUGAUGCAGAAUUUUCAGUAAAUAUUGAAGGAAUUGAUUAAAAUAAUAAGACACAGUUGGACUAACUCUGAAGUCAACUGAAGCCUCAGUAUGAUGAGCCGUCCACAGAAAUACAUAGAAGGUGAAGCUCUUCACUCUCAACGUGAAAAAUCAAACAAUGCGUUAAAGCUCAGAGUGGCCGUGCUGGUUGUCUGUGUUCUCCUGGUAUCGGCUCUCGUGGUAACUUAUCUCUUGUUGGAGCUUUUGAAAACCAGGGACAUGCUCAGAAACCUUGAGAUGAAGCAGGAAACUAUAAAAGCUGAUGUCACAGAGAGACCUCCUGAAAUCAAACCAUGUAGUACAGUGCAGCCCACAUGCCCGGAGCCUGAAGUAAAAAUUAUAACACAAACGUGCAGCCCAAUACAAACUACAAGCCCACAACCUCCUGAAAUAAACAUGAAUGAUUCAUGUUAUAAAUGUGAAGAUGGCUGGAAGCAACAUGAAGGAAAGUGCUAUUAUUUCUCCACAAGAAAAUCAUCCUGGGAUCAGAGCAGAACUGAAUGUAGGACUAAAGGAGGAGACCUGGUUAAGAUAGACAGCAGUGAGGAGCAGAGUUUCUUGAAGACAAAAAUUGAAUAUGGGAGCCAUUUCUGGAUCGGACUGACAGACUCAGCAGAAGAGGGCAAAUGGCUGUGGGUGGACGGCUCACCACUGAAUGAAAGGUUGGCAUCUUGGUCCUUUCUUGAGCCAGACGAUUGGAAUGGAGAGGAUUGUGUGAAGAUGGGCCGAAUGUAUUGGUUUGAUAAUUACUGCAAAGUAAAUCAUGGAAGUAUUUGUGAGAAACCAGCUGUGGUUCUGUGUGACUAAAAUUCAGUUCAGCAUAAAAACAGUGGAAGUAAAGGACACAUUGAGACAAUUUUUAUAAAGCUAAUGCUGCAAACAUUUAAAGCUUCCAUUCAGAAAUGUUUAAAGAAAAAAAAUA